UGGCCGUGUGUGGGCUCUCUCUCCCUCUCUCCCUCUCUCUCUCUCUCUCUCUCUCGGAGUGUCGGUGGGGGGUUUGGUUGAGCUCGUUAGCUGUUCUGUCCAUUUCUUCGUUCAAUUAUUAUAUUGCAGUGAGGGAAAGGGAGAUAGAAGACUAGAGAGAGUGCUCGUAGAAGAGGCGAGAGGGAGGCAGAAAAGGGGACCUUACUCCUGAAGCCGCUCGCGGGCUCGAUUUCUUCGUCCCACGGUAGUCUGUCGGAUAUUGUUGCUGGCUUUCAGAGAAUUAUAGCGGAUUUCGAAGACAUUCUAUUUGUUUCUCCAAUGAAUUGUACUGAGAAGUGAAGUGMGGUGAAUUUAGAUCUGAGGUUUUGUGAAGUCUGUUUUCUUCAAAGUGGAAGAGUGAAAAAGCAGAUUCUUUGCUGCAUUUGGUGUGGCAUAGCUUUUUCUGAACGUGCUGAUGGGCCAAAGAUCUCGGUGAAGUUGAAGCCACGUUUUACUUUAUCUUGCACGUUUGAGUAGACCGAAGCAGACACCAAUGGAGUCGGAAGGAGCAGCAGCGCCAAAGCCUUUGAAGCACCUUGGUGGUCAGGUAUGCCAGAUCUGUGGUGACAAUGUUGGCACCACUGCAGAUGGUGAACUCUUUGUUGCCUGUGACAUCUGUUCAUUUCCUGUUUGUCGGCCAUGCUAUGAAUACGAAAGGAAAGAUGGUAACCAGUCUUGCCCUCAAUGCAAAACCAAAUACAAGAGGCACAAAGGAAGUCCUCCAAUUCGUGGUGAUGAUGUAGAAGAUGGUGAAAAUGUUGAUGUGGCUACUGAUUACAAUUACUCUUCGGUGAAUCAAAACAAUAAGCAGAAGAUUGCAGAGCGCAUGCUUAGUUGGCGUAUGAACUAUGGACGAGGAGAGGACAUGGGUCCACCAAACUAUGAUAAAGAGCUUUCUCACAAUCAUAUUCCCUUGCUCAGCCAUGAUCAGGUUUCAGGAGAGUUGUCAGCAGCAUCUCCUGAGCAUCUUUCAAUGGCGUCCCCUGGAGGUGGUGGCAAGCGUGUACACCCACUCCCUUAUCAGUCACCCUGGAAAGAGAGGGUUGAUGGCUGGAAGGUGAAACAGGAGAAAAAUGUGGUUCCGAUGAGUACUGGCCAUGCUACUUCUGAGGGCAGGGGAGCUGGAGAUAUUGAUGCCAGCACUGAUGUGCUUUUUGAUGACUCAUUGCUGAACGAUGAAGCGAGACAGCCUCUCUCAAGGAAGGUGUCUAUUCCUUCAUCUAGGAUAAAUCCUUAUAGAAUGGUCAUUGUUCUACGGCUUGUUAUUUUGUGCAUUUUCUUGCACUACCGUAUAACAAAUCCUGUGCCCAAUGCCUAUGCCUUGUGGCUGAUAUCUGUGAUCUGUGAGAUUUGGUUUGCUAUUUCUUGGAUAUUGGAUCAGUUCCCUAAAUGGUUCCCGGUGAACCGUGAGACAUAUCUUGACAGACUAGCUCUAAGAUAUGACCGUGAAGGAGAGCCAUCACAGCUGGCUGCUGUUGACAUCUUUGUCAGUACUGUUGAUCCCUUAAAAGAGCCUCCUCUUGUCACAGCAAAUACCGUUCUGUCUAUUCUUGCAGUUGAUUAUCCAGUUGACAAGGUCUCUUGUUAUGUCUCCGAUGAUGGGGCUUCUAUGUUGACAUUUGAAGCUAUGUCUGAAACUUCGGAAUUUGCAAGAAAAUGGGUUCCCUUCUGCAAGAAGUACAGCAUUGAGCCACGGGCUCCAGAAUGGUACUUUGCGCAAAAGAUUGACUACUUGAAAGACAAAGUUCAUCCAUCAUUUGUCAAAGAUCGCAGGGCUAUGAAAAGAGAAUAUGAAGAGUUCAAAGUUCGUAUCAAUGGGCUUGUUGCAAAGGCACAGAAGAUUCCUGAAGAGGGAUGGGUCAUGCAAGAUGGUACUCCAUGGCCAGGAAAUAACACCAGAGAUCAUCCAGGCAUGAUCCAGGUAUUCUUAGGCCAUAGUGGAGGACUUGAUAGUGAUGGUAAUGAGUUGCCUCGGUUAGUCUAUGUUUCUCGUGAGAAGCGUCCUGGCUUCCAACAUCACAAGAAAGCUGGUGCCAUGAAUGCACUUGUUCGUGUAUCAGCAGUCCUUACAAAUGGACCCUACUUGUUGAAUCUUGAUUGUGAUCACUACAUAAACAACAGCAAGGCUCUGCGGGAAGCUAUGUGUUUUCUUAUGGAUCCAAAUCUUGGAAAAUCAGUUUGUUAUGUCCAAUUUCCACAAAGGUUUGAUGGUAUUGAUAAGAAUGACCGAUAUGCCAACCGUAAUACUGUUUUCUUUGAUAUAAACUUAAGAGGUUUGGAUGGCAUCCAAGGCCCUGUAUAUGUGGGUACAGGAUGUGUCUUCAACAGAACAGCUCUAUACGGUUAUGAGCCUCCUCAUAAGCUGAAGCAUAAAAAACCAGGUCUGUUCUCUUCUUGCUGUAGUGGGUCACGAAAGAAGAGUUCAAAAUCAAGUAAAAAGGGCUCAGAUAAAAAGAAAUCAAGCAAGCAUGUGGAUCCUACUGUGCCAAUAUUCAAUUUAGAAGAUAUUGAAGAGGGUGUUGAAGGUGCUGGGUUUGAUGAUGAGAAGUCGCUGCUGAUGUCACAGAUGAGCCUGGAGAAAAGAUUUGGUCAGUCGGCUGUAUUUGUUGCCUCCACUCUUAUGGAAAAUGGUGGCGUGCCACAGUCUGCUACUCCUGAAAAUCUCCUCAAAGAAGCUAUCCAUGUUAUCAGCUGUGGGUACGAAGACAAAACAGAUUGGGGUAGUGAGAUAGGAUGGAUUUAUGGCUCUGUUACAGAAGAUAUCCUUACAGGAUUCAAGAUGCAUGCUCGUGGUUGGCGAUCAAUAUACUGCAUGCCAAAUCCCCCAGCCUUCAAAGGGUCUGCACCUAUUAACCUUUCAGAUCGUCUGAACCAAGUGCUUCGAUGGGCUCUUGGUUCUGUUGAAAUUCUUCUAAGUCGACAUUGCCCCAUAUGGUAUGGUUAUGGUGGAAGGCUGAAAUGGCUGGAGAGAUUCGCUUACAUCAACACCACCAUUUACCCAGUCACAGCCGUUCCUCUUCUUGCAUAUUGUACAUUACCAGCCGUCUGUCUUCUUACUGGAAAGUUUAUUAUUCCACAGAUUAGCAACUUUGCUAGUAUUUGGUUUAUAUCACUCUUCCUUUCAAUCUUUGCUACUGGUAUAUUGGAGAUGAGAUGGAGCGGUGUCGGAAUUGAUGAAUGGUGGAGAAAUGAACAGUUUUGGGUUAUUGGAGGUGUAUCUGCCCAUCUCUUUGCUGUCUUCCAAGGCCUGCUAAAAGUUCUGGCUGGGAUUGAUACCAACUUCACCGUCACUUCCAAGGCUUCAGAUGAGGAAGGUGAUUUUGCUGAGCUCUACAUGUUUAAAUGGACAACAUUGCUCAUCCCACCGACCACUCUUCUCAUAAUCAAUCUGGUGGGUGUGGUGGCUGGGAUAUCCUAUGCAAUCAACAGUGGAUACCAGUCCUGGGGUCCCCUCUUUGGUAAGCUAUUUUUUGCCUUCUGGGUGAUUGUCCACCUUUAUCCAUUCCUUAAAGGGCUGAUGGGACGACAGAACCGGACUCCCACCAUCGUUGUCGUAUGGUCCAUUCUCCUUGCUUCCAUCUUCUCAUUGCUAUGGGUACGGAUUGAUCCUUUCACCACUAGGGUGACUGGUCCUGAUGUUCAACAAUGUGGAAUCAACUGCUAGAGGGAGAUCAGAGAUAUGAAAAAAAAAAUCUGGUCUGUUGUAGCCUUGUAGGCUUUUUUGUUUUCUUAUGUUUUUGGCUGUACCAAUCUAUUGGUUUCAGAAUCUACAGUGUGUAUAGAUAGGAAAAGAAACAGGGACAUGUCUGAUGCCAUUCUGUUGUUCCAUGAGUUGUUUCAUAAGUUAUUAUUACUUUAUUUUUGCUCAA